AUGCCCCCAACCCGCCGCCCCCCAGCCCGCUCGCACCGCCCUCACCGCCCUCACCUCCACCGCCGGGAAACGCCACAUACUCCCCCAUCCCCCCAAGCGUCAGCGCAUACACCAUCUCCGGCGCGGCGCGCAACACACGUGCACCAUCCGUCUCCUCCCCCCUUUGCCCGGCAUCCCGCAUGUAGUGCCCAUAACUCACUCCGCGAAACAACUUCACCCGUACCUCCGCGAGCAAAAACACCGACUCCACAUCCGUCCGCCGCCCCCGCCGCCACACCUCCCUUCCCCCAGCAGCGGUACGCCGUCCACGUUGCGUCGGCCUCUGGCUGUGACAUCCCCAGGCGCGAAGCCUCGUCUGUGUUUGCGCCGACGCCACCGCGCAGCGCCUCCACUCCCCAUAGCCCCUGGAGCAGCGCGCUCUCCGCGCCGGUGGAGGCUUGUAUGUACUCGAGCGCCAGAUUAUCUCCGUCGUGA